AUGCAAGCGUCGCCGGAUGAGUCCGCCGGGAUUAACUGCAUUUGUGUACUUUACCUACUUUACGCUCUCCAUAUACACAUUUCUUUGCAGCGUCUGCCCUGUUUCAGUGUUGCGAACAUCCAUGCCAAGUUCAAGGAGGGCGGUCAGCACCCGUUGAGCGACUCUUACAAGCGGUACAAGCAGCCGGGCAACACCACCGCCAGCCAAGAAGGACUCAGUGGCGCGGGUCAGACUCAUCAGCCGCCACCACCGGCAGCACAGCCAUCACACGGAAUUCUGAGGAGCGGAAAUUCCCGACUUCACCAGGUUCAUGACGCAGGUCGAAGUCACCCUGGAAAUCCUGGACAAAUGGGUUAUCCCGGACAGACGCAAACUCUUCCAGGAGCAUGUCGCAAACAUCCGAAUGCCGGAUCAAACUUGAAUCUAUAUCUACACAACGACUUGGACAGGCGUUUCUACUUUGAGAAGCCUGCGGUAUCCAAGUGCAAUCUGCACUCUCGUAGCUUUGCCAAAUCGCUGAAUGAGCUCUGCACGGAGACGUCGGUGUCCUCCACUCAUGUUCCCGUUCCCGUUCCUAUACCAGCUCCUCUUCCUCUUCCGGAUCCAGAUCCCCUGGCCCGCUCCUCCUCUUUUGCUGACUUGCCCCAAGAAUUUCCACUCACUCGAUCCGUGUCCACCGCCACGGAUAUAUAUCCUGCUCCUGCUCCGCCCUCCGCCCAAAUGAAGCGGAAACAGCAGCGAAACAUGGCCACCAACACGACCACGAAGAUCUCCAAAAAUCCACCAUCCUCGCAGACGCAGUUUGAGGAUCAGUCGCGGUUGUGUGGCCUAAAGAGAGGCUUGCGGAAGACCAAGGACGAACUCUUCCAGGAGUUCUGCCGCCGGGCUGGGAUGCGUAGCAAGCCCAAAAAUAUUUACUACAUCAGUGGUGGAGAGGAAGCAGAGGAGGAGGAGCAGGUGGAGCAUAAUAAACGGGAGGAGGCCCAGGAGGUUCCCCGCUGUGAUGACGACGAUGACGCGGAUGGGGAUGAUCACGGUUUCAGACAGUUUAAUCGCAUGGAGGAGGAUCACCUAUAUGUGGUGGGAGACCACGCCCAGUUGGUAGUGCCGCGUCGCACCUCGGUUUGCGUAGACUCGUUCGGGCAGCCGUUGCGCAGACUCAACUCGAACCUGUCCCUGCACACGGAUUCGAGCUACCCGGGCUUGAGCGGAGGCUAUUCAGGGAUGCGGAUGCCCUUGCCACCGCCCGCUGAUCUUGGCCAGAGUCGCACCUUGCCGCGCUGCUUCCUGCGUCAGUCGUCCGAUUCGCUGGCCUCCCAGGGAUUCCCGUUGGGCUCCAGUCAGCAGCGGUUCUCCCAGUUGAUGCUGAAUCAGCCACAUAGCCGCUUCGUAUCCUCCACAUUGACCUUGCCCCAGGUGGUGCAGCCUAAGAGUCAGGUGCAGUGGCCAACGGCGAUACCCUCGUCACCGUCGAACUACGCCAAUGGCUAUCAACAGCAUCCGCAGCCCAUUUAUCCGACUCCAGGGGCUGCAUCUGGCGGAACUGGGGGAACCGGAGGUACUGUUCCGGUUUCUGGACCACCGAAAUUCCAGCGCGGCUACGCAUUCGACGAUCAGCAGCGGAGGUCCAGUUACGUGAGCGAUGCCUUCGAUCUGGACGAGAUCGAGCGGGAGCGACGAAGAUCCCAUGCCAGCCUCUUUGGCCUCGGCCAGAACAGGGAUCCCUACGAUCUCAUCAAUGGCACCGCCGUCUAAGCCACCCACAUACUCGGAGUUAUCAAAGCCAA